AUGGCUACUCAGACAGGCGCGGGCAAGCGCAUCGUCUUCACCGGCGGCAGUGGCAAGGCCGGGAGACAUGCCAUCCCCGAACUGCUGAAGCUAGGGUACAAGGUGCUGAACCUGGAUCUCGCCCCCUUUCCCGACCCCCACGCCGACCUGCACACGCUGAAGGCCGAUCUGACCGACGGCGGACAAGUCUUCUCUGCCCUGACGUCUCAUUACGGCCAUGAUGGAUAUACGCAAGGCUACCCCGAGCCCCCUCCGGACGCGGUCAUCCAUUUCGCUGCCAUCCCGGUCAAUCUCGUCGUGCCCGACAAUGAAUGCUUCCGAAUCAAUGUCUUGUCGACGUACAACGUGAUUGAAGCCGCGUGCAAGCUGGGGGUGAAGAAGAUCAUCAUCGCUUCAUCGGAAACGACUUACGGUCUUUGCUUUUCGGAGGGAGAUUCGGAUCCCAUCUCCCUCCCCCUGGAGGAGGACUAUGAUGUCGGCCCCGCGGACUCCUACGCCCUGUCGAAGAUCUGCAACGAGCGCACUGCCCGCACCUUUGCCCGCCGCUACGGCGCCGACAUCUACGCCUUCCGCAUCGGAAACGUCAUCGAGCCGCACGAGUACGCGCGCGACUUCCCCAAGCACGUCGGACAGCCGGAGACGCGCAAGCGGAAUGCCUGGUCGUACGUGGACGCCCGUGAUCUCGGCCGGAUGUGCGCAUGCGCGGUCGAGAAGAGCGGCCUGGGCUUUCAGGUGUUCAAUGCGACCAACGACAGCAUCACCACCACGGUGCCGACGGAGAAAUUCCUCAAGGAGGCCCUGCCGAAUGUGCCCAUCUCACGCAAGAUGGGCGAGUGGGAGGCGCCAUUGAGCAAUCGCAAGAUCCGCGAGGUGUUGGGAUUCAAGGAGGAGCACGAUUGGAAGCAGUAUUACCAGCCGCCGCAAAAGUGA